GAAAUUCAAAUUUGAUUUGAAUUUUCAAUAAACAAAAGUUUUUUUCUAGGUGUUCGAGAACCGUCCCUACUGCCUGGAAUGCCAUGCUAAUCGCCGCAAUCCAAGAUGUGCCCUCGAGACUUGCCAACAGGUCCUGGCUGGAGAGGUCUACUUCGCUUUGGACAACUACUGGCACCCGCAAUGCUUUCGCUGUGAAGGAUGUUCUCGUCCAUUGGAAGGCGGAAACUACUACUUGGUGGAUAAUCGACCAUAUGACUUGGCCUGUCACUGGGGAAGGCGUCUCGCUCUUCAGAACAGAAACGACCAGCUCUGAUUCUGCUCUCUCACAAUGACGUCUUCGAUGCUUCAAAUAGGAUCAAAUGCUAAUAAUGAAGGAUGCUAAUAAUAAUGUUGAUAUAGAUAUUCUCUAAAUAGAUAUAUGUAUUUUUGUGAUUGUAUAUAGAUUAUUGUGUGUAUGUAAAUUGUUGAUUGUUUAUAUUGUAUAUAAAAGUAAUUUUGUGUUCGUGGUUGGAAUUUUGGAAAAAUGAAAUUUUCCUUGCGCGUUAAAGAGCGAGUGGUUUUGCGUGAAACUUUGUUAGUCAUC